AAUUAGUUAUUCAUUUGACAUUGUUCAGUUACUGUUCAGUUGCAGUUCAGAAUUUACUUGAAACAGACGUAAAGUAAAAUUUAAUAAUCAAGCAAAAAUGUCGCAAGUUACUCCUGUAAACCAAAUAAUAAAAAACAAACGUAAAUUAAUUUUCGAUAGUGAUAGUGAUGGAGAAUUUGAAAAGUCAUUACAAUGUAAUGAAAAAAUUUUUGAAUAUCCAUCAACAUCAUUCCAUCAGGUUGAGAAGAAGAAACUCCGCCUGAAGAAGAAGAUGGAUACUAAAAACAGCAAUAUCGACGAGGAGAAGAAUGAGCAAUCAUUAAAGAAAAAAAAUGUGCAAGAAAAGAAAACUAACGAAGAGAAUGAUAAUCAUGAUGAUGAUGACGACGACGACGACGACGUCGACUUCGAUGAGGAGCUGACGGAGAUGGUUGAGGAUUAUACGAGAGUUGAAAACAAUAUGAAGGAAUAUAGUUUGGAUGAAUUGAAUCGCAUUGGUAAGAUGACGUCGUUUCAAAAAAUUAUUCCAUUGGCGAAAUUUCCUCAAAAUAAGUUAAUUAAUGUUGAUGGAUGGAAAUUCGUUCACACCCAGUAUGGAAAGAAGUUGGUAAUUGUAAUAAACAAAGGAAAAGCAAUAUCAUUCCUUCCAGAACGAUUUAACAAAAUGUAUAACACCGACGAAGAUAUUGAGCGUUUGAGCUACUCUCAAGUAGCAAUUUCAUAUAAAGGAAAAAAAAAUAUUGGAAAUGGGCGCACAUCGCAUCAGUUGGAGUUUGUAAAAUGGUAAGCAGUACCAAACACAAGUGGGCAACAUAUAAAACAAUACAAGUUUUGUAAUUAAUUUGUAAUUGAUUUAUAUUUGUGAAAAUAAAAUUAUAUUUAAACUGUAACAAA